CGACUACGCCGCGGUACUGCAAGAUCGAUAACCAGGGUUGACUACUUUACAUUGGCAUACUUACAUAUCGGAGAGACACAAUUAGUCCAACUAAUCUUGGCUAUACAUCUCCACGUUAUGCCUCUUGAUCGUGACCGCCAGUCGAUCUCAACGAUCCUUGAUGCAAUAGCUGAGAGAAGGUUAAUGCAUGUCGCAACCUUUAUCCACCCUCAGACAAGUACAACUUCCCACCACUUCUUCACAGAAAAUCCUCGCGGCUGUGCAAGCUCUAACUGCGCCAUGACCUAGAAGAUAAGAUCUGCGCCUCUCUGACAUGAUUUGAUCAUUCGUACGUGCUUACUAUCUGACCCCGUCUUCUAUUCGACCCUUCAGCCUCGGACUUCCGGAUCCAUCAUCGUGCGCUUACGAAUUUACGCCCGGUCUCUGACCAAGGAUUCCAUGGCUGUUUCUCGUCGCUGCAGGACUUCCUGAUUUAUCUGGGUCCUGCCCGCUGAAUGCGUUAAAGCUUGCGGGUCGCAAUACCUUUUUUUUAUAGGGAGGGGCGGGCGUGUUAUAUAAUCCGCAUUUUCAUGUCUGCCACCCUGUAAUACUGUAUGAUUCUACUUAAUGCCGGCAUAAGGCGUGUACCCUGAUUCUCGGGGUUUGGAUUUCCUUCAUAUUUUGCGAAUCGCAGCGCGCAGUUGAAACUCAGCAUUUCGCCAUGGUGGAACUCUCGAAGAGUCCCGAGUGGAUCGGUUGGCAGCUGAUUGCCUGGGCCGCCAUCUUCACGCCGUUACAGAUUGCAGCUGUGGCUUUGAGAUUCUAUGCUCGAUGGCUGGUGGUUGGCAAGAAGUACAGCUUGGACGAUUAUCUUAUUAUCGCGAGUCUGGUGUUCCAGCUGGCUGCAUGCGGUAUUGCGGUGUCUUCGGUCAAGUAUGGAGGCGUCGGGCAUCAUAUUUUAUACAUCUACUUGACGGAUCAGCCGAAACUUGUAGUUUACAACCGCUACAUCAUUUCUCUAGCCUUCCUGUGUGGAGCCACCGUCAACAUCCCCAAACUAGCAGUGCUACUGCUGUACAAACGGUUAUUUGGAUCGGUUCGGACCUAUCGAAUCAUCAUCUGGACUUUUAUCGGGAUCUUGCUCUGUAUGACGCUGGGGAAUAUCAUCAGUGCGUCGGUUUCGUGUAUACCGUUUGAGGCGAAUUGGAAAUACAUACGUGGUGCAAAGUGUCUUGAACAGCAGAAAUGGUUUUCGUAUAUUGUUAUACCAAACAUCAUCACGGACGUUUUUUUGCUUAUUCUACCGCUUCCGAUCGUCUGGACACUUCAUACUAGCAGGCACGUCAAGGCUGGCUUGACUGUCACCUUCCUGAUUGGCAGCGCGGGUCUUGGGGCGUCAAUCUUGCGACUGGUAGCCUUCGUCAGUGCAGGGUCCUUCAUAGACGGGACCUGGGUGUCAGUGAAACUAAUGAUACUAGCCAUAACGGAAACAGGGACCUACCUCAUCUGCGCAUGCCUCUUAACCUAUCGCCCGAUCUUGGAACGCAUCACCAAAGGCCGAAAAACUACGACCACCGAGGGUAGCAGAUAUUAUUUCUCCAGGAGUCAUUUAAAACAGACGGCGGAUAGUGUCGCAAGCCCCGAACAAAGCUACAGAUCAAUACCCUUACGAGGCUUCAAUGGCGGACGCUCGGGAUUCUCUGAGUUGCAUGGCGAGGAAAAUGAUAUGGGCUUUGGAGAUGUUGAAUCACAUCCCGGGAAAAUGGGGAGACGCAGAGACGGAGAGAUCAUGGUUACCACGGAAAUCCAGAAUAGGUGGAGUCGUUGAACACUGGUUCUUACCCGCCGAGGCUCUGUUCGGGACCGAUGUCAUUGAUUGUUAUGUCGUUUUUCCCUCCAACUUGCAACCGCAGCUGUCGAAACAGUGUGAUAGCGUCGUUCCAACCCCGCAAGACGAAUCGCCGUGUGAUAAUCACCGAAGAACUCGAAAUAUUGCUGACCGCCUUCCCAAACGCUGUCAUCGUAUCCAGUAUGCUACGAAUGACGGCUAUGCGAACCACCCCCACCGUUGUGCCAAUGAAUGCAACCGGCAUAGUCCACAG